AUCAGCGCUCUCCCGCCCCUGGGUGGGUGGAUGGGGGUGUUUCCGCCAUUUUUGAAAAAUUGGAAGGUCCUGGGUUUGACGGUAGUUGCCGCGGUCCAGAUGGCUUCGUUUGCCGUGGAGCCCCAGGCGCUUGCGCUAGGAUCUGAACCAAUGAUGCUGGGUUCACCUACAUCUCCAAAGCCAGGAGUUAAUGCUCAGUUCUUACCUGGAUUUUUAAUGGGGGAUUUGCCUGCUCCGGUGACUCCACAACCUCGAACAAUUAGUGGCCCUUCAGUUGGAGUUAUGGAAAUGAGAUCACCUUUACUUACAGGUGGAUCACCACCACAACCCGUUGUACCAGCUCAUAAAGAUAAAAGCGGAGCUCCACCUGUUAGAAGUAUAUAUGAUGAUAUUUCCAGCCCCGGGCUUGGAUCAACACCUUUAACUUCAAGAAGACAGACAAACAUUUCAGUAAUGCAAAGUCCUCUUGUUGGAGUUACAACUACUCCGGGAGCAGGGCAAAGUGUGUUUAGCCCAGCAAAUAUUGGUCAGCCACGAAAGACGACACUAUCUCCUGCCCAGUUGGAUCCUUUCUAUACCCAAGGAGAUUCUCUGACUUCAGAAGAUCACCUUGAUGACACUUGGGUGACUGUGUUUGGGUUUCCACAAGCAUCUGCAUCUUAUAUAUUGCUACAAUUUGCACAAUACGGAAAUAUCUUAAAACAUGUGAUGUCCAACACAGGAAACUGGAUGCAUAUUCGUUACCAAUCUAAAUUGCAGGCCCGGAAAGCUUUAAGCAAAGAUGGAAAGAUAUUUGGAGAAUCCAUCAUGAUUGGUGUAAAACCAUGCAUUGAUAAAAGUGUCAUGGAAAACAAUGAAAGAUGUUCUUUGUCAUCACCGUCUCUGGCCUUUACACCACCAAUCAAGACCUUAGGCACACCAACACAACCCGGAAGUACUCCUAGGAUUUCUACCAUGAGACCUCUUGCUACAGCAUACAAGGCUUCUACUAGUGACUAUCAGGUUAUUUCUGACAGACAAACGCCAAAAAAAGAUGAAAGUCUUGUAUCGAAAGCAAUGGAGUACAUGUUUGGCUGGUAGAUAAUAAGAGCUACGAGCUUCGCUGUGAAGGAGGAGGUCCCUGCACUAAAACCACAGUUAGCAAAAUACUACCAGUUUUCUUUGGUUAGUUGUAUAACCAUACUUGACAAUGGUGGGUAGCUAUCUCAUAGUCUUCUUUCUGAAGAUUUUUUUCUUUAAUAAUACAUCCUGUUUGUAGCUCGCACUUUAAAAGAUGCUUGAGAUAAAUUUUAAGAAAACAUGAAAAUCACUCGAGAUAGGAUUUUGUGCUUUAUGUGAUAGUGCAUGCACAAAAUUUUAGCAUUGAUUAUUGUAAACUAAGUAAUUGAAUUUGGAGAAUUGUCUCCUAGUUUUCAUGAGAAGGUAAAUUUCAUGAAAGCUGCUUGUAUUUACCAAGACACAGGAUUAUAACUAACAAUUUGAAUUAUGGUCUUUUAAUUGAGAUAGUAUUUAAUAUUCUAAUUACCUUUGUAUAUGUCCUGUUGUCGCUUAUCAUCUUUUAGUACUAUAAAACCCAAACAUCUUUUUAAAAAACCUACUAUUAAAUUUUCUUGAUAAUAAACUUUGUCAAUUAUGUACUGAAUAUAUUUUGAAGUGGUGAUUUGUUAAGCUUUAAUUCUUCACUGAAGUAUAGAAAACAUUAUUAACUUGUAUACCUGUAAUCCAGCUUUAAUUACUAUUAUGUUUUGCCAUUUUUUAUUUAUUUAUAUUUAAGUAGUAGCUCAAAGGGGUUUCAGUUCAACAUGUCCAUUUAUUAUAAGUGCAGUGCAUCUUGAUCUUCCUUCCCUCCCCUUUAUGUUUUGUUUAAAGCACACAUAAAAUGGAAUGCAGUUUUAAUGUAAGUUCUUUAGGAUAUAUUAAAAAUAAAUUACAUUUCCAUAUGUAAUCACAGUGUCCAUAUCCCACUUACCAGUUAAUAAGUUUGCUAAUGUGAAAUAUUCAGUUCAUUUGAACAUUUCAUAAUUGUCUGUAAAAUGAAAUAUUUAUUAUUCAAAUCAUGAUCAAACCAGGUUUACACAUUAUUAUUUAUCUAUCUCUUAGCUGUCUUAGUAAGUUAGUUCAUCCACUUAUCCCCACUCUCCAGCAUACAACAACCUACUGAAGCUGCCCUGUGAGUUGACUGUAGUCUGAGCUCACUCACUAUUUUUUCUAUAUCCUGGAAACCAAAUCUAGAGAAGAUUAGAUUAUCAUUUCUUUUUUAAAAAUAAUACUUGGUAGUCAUAUGCUGCAUAUAAUAUUGAGACAAAACAGAUUUUGAUUUUAUUGAUGUUUUAACUGAUUACUGGGCACAUGUGCAGAAGCCUAACAUCUUCAUUUUAAACUUCACUUUAAUAAUACAUAAUGCUUAAAAAAGCAUGUGGUUUUGAAUCUGUUAUUCCAUUCAGGACUACAAAGUAGUUAUUUUUCUUCUCAAUUUUUGUCAUUUCUGUUGCAUUUAACAAGCUAGAAUUCUUUUGUAUAGAAGAAUCCUGCGCUGCUAGGGCUUUCUGAUUCCCAUGACAUAUGUUCAUACAGAAUGGCAGGACAAAUACAUAAUCCUUUUCAUUUAUUAUUUUUCAGAGUGAUGGUUUGGAAUCAUGACAACUACAAGUGCUAUCCUAUGAGCUUAAGAAUAUUUUUUGCAUCAUUGUUCUUGUAGCAUUUUUUAAAGAAAUUCACUAUUUCAUUUGAAUUAUUUAAUUGCAAUCACUGUUAUUCAUAUUAUCCCCUUUGGCCAAUUAGAUCCUAAUUAAAAUGCCUCUAGUGAUAUAAAGACAUUUAUAAUUGAAAUAAUAUUUGACCAAUAAUGACUUUUGUACAUGUAUCUAGGUAAUCUGUAUAUUUUCAUUUUAUAUGUUUUUUUUAUAAAGCAUGGCUUACACGAUGUAUUAUAUGGGAUAUUUUAUAGAUUUAUAAAACUACAGCAAACUACAAUUAAAGUUUAGUCUUUUGAGAUGAAGUGACCCUAAGGAAACUUGUUUCAUUUUUGUUUUUCAACAAAGUCUCUUAAGGUAUGUAUGUAGUACUUGCUUCACUGGAACUUACAGCCAUUUUGAUUUUGUCUCAUGAGUGCUGAAUUACAGGUGUUUUCCACCAAGCCAAGUUAAUCAGAAAACUUUCACACUGAAGUCAUAUUUUUCCA